AUGCUUAUCAGCCCAUUUAAUUCAUUACAUACUUUGCAUUUGAUCUUAGGGAUUCGUAUUUUCAUAAAUACAAUACUAAAAAUAGAUUUACAAACAAGACAAUGCAUAAAAACUUUAUCCACCCCCAUACGACUGAAAGGAGAGUUGAAAUCAAAAAGAUUCGUUCUAAUUUCCGAUUAUAAAUACUUAGAAGAUAAAUCCGAUUUGAAUGGCUUUCAACAUAAUCAUAAAGCAUGUCCAUUAGGCAAUCUUUUGAAAAGAAUGGAAGAUUAUUUCCCUUCACUUAUCGGAUUGUCGCUGUUAAAUGAACAAAAUUUUAUACCAACUCUGCCGAAAUGUGUGUGA